AAAGCUCACUCAAAGUCACUUCUUUUCAACUCCCAAGGUCUCCUCACUCUCUCUCUCUCUCUCUAGAUUUGAGAAUCACUACUGCUAGUAGCCAUUGUACGCUACUGGCUACACUUCUCUCCCAACAAUCUGCUGCACUCAUUCAAGGAAAGGAAAGAAGAUCCACUCUAUUUCUCCUUCCAUUCCCAUCUAUACAUACUUACAAUUUACAAAACACACACCCCUUUCUGUGUCUAUACAUUCAUGCUCCGGUGAUCGCCGCAAUUCGAUUCAAUGGAUCCACAAGGGGCGGCUAUGAUGAAUGAAGGCGGGGCUUAUAACUUCGCCGAGAUCUGGCCGGGUUUUCAGAUGAAUGCCGCUGCGACGUCGUAUGGAUUGGGCUUGGAUCCGAUGCUCAUGGACCAGAGAUCGAAUCAUAGUCCGCCAAAUCCCAAUUCCAGGAAGCGCCGCGAAGAUGAUGAUUCUCUCAAGGGAGGAGCUUCCACUAGCAACAGCAAUGGCAACAGCAAUAAUACUACCAAUAAUAACAACACCAAUGUUAUGUGUGAAGCAGAUAAGAAGAGAAUGAAGGCCGUUGGAUCUAAUGGUGCUCGUGAAACUAAAACCGAAGGGGAAGGGAACUCGACUAAGGCGUCAGAAGCACUUGCAAAGCCAGCUGAUCCAUCAAAGCAAGACUACAUCCAUGUACGAGCAAGAAGAGGUCAAGCUACUGACAGCCACAGUUUAGCUGAAAGGGCUAGGAGAGAAAAGAUUAGUGAGAGGAUGAGAAUUCUUCAAGAUUUAGUUCCUGGCUGUAAUAAAGUUAUAGGCAAAGCACUAGUGCUCGAUGAGAUUAUUAACUAUAUCCAAUCAUUACAACGCCAGGUUGAGUUUCUGUCAAUGAAGCUUGAAGCAGUCAAUGCAAGAGUGGGCAUUGAUGGAUACCCUUCAAAAGAUUUCUCUCAGCAAUCGUUUGAUAGUUCUGGCAUGGCAUAUGUUUCUCAAAAUACGAGGGAAUACGGUAGGGGUUCUUCACCAGAAUGGCUGCACAUGCAGAUUGGUGGCGGUUUUGAACGAUCAUCAUGAGAACUCUCCAUGAAUAAGAGCAUUGAAAAGCUGUGCUUCUUCCUCAGAGACUGCAGAAGUAUACAUAUUUUCUUAAAUCUGAUAUAUCUCAGUUCGUAUAAUCAGGUGUAGAUGUGUUUAAGCGCGUUGCUACUGAAGAUUGUAUCCUAACAAUCCAUGCCCGACGUCGGUCUCCUAUAGAAGAGCUCCUCCCCUUUUCUGUCAGGCAGGGAAGAUUCAUAUUUCACAGAGUAUCAAUGAUAUUGUAAAAUGCCCUGUUCCCAACUUUGAAAUUCUUCUUGUUGUAUUUAUCUGUCAUUGCCAUUAAAAACUGGGGUGUGACAUAGUCUAUUGUUUCGUUGAAUAAAAAUAAGUUACAUAUA